CUUCGGUGGAUUCUAAACCGGACAAUAACCGUUUCGUACAACAGCAAUAAUUUUGGGACUGGUGCGAUGACGAAAUCGAGAUUCUCUCAUCAUUCGUCUCCGAAAUUGAUUUUUGUAGGGACCGUUUCUUAUCAGUGCUUCAUUAACCAUUAAAUUCGUCAUAAAGGGAUCAGUAGUAUUGACAGUUGACUGAGAAGACGGGGAGUCGUUAAGAUGAACCGACGAGGUUACAAACCAGUGCAAUUUUAAAUCAGGAUGUGAUCGGACAAUUUUUUUUUGCAACUUUUUUUCGUUCAGCACAAUCUCUUCCGAUUAAAAACGAUAGAAAUUGUACAAAUUGCGUACACGGUUGUCAAACACGACUGGCAAGAUAUACCUGACCUGACAAGAUGUCCUGACGCCAAAUACUUUUUUACGAGUGUAUCUAUAGGCUUCCCAGUUCAUAUGGUAUGCGUUCUGUUAUAAGGGAUUGUAGCCCAGAAAAUUUGACGUAUUAUUUAUAUGUCUUGGAGGAAAGGCUGAAAGAAUAGUUGCACUAGUGAUGGAAGGAAACGUGCAAAACAAAUUGAUGCGUUAUGGCGACGUUCUCAUGAGAGUUCCUCUACUCUUUGUCAUUGACGAACUACUCAGAGUUGGUCUUGGCACUGUUGAAGAAAGUAUAGCUCUCAAUGCGACAGAAAGUGGCAAAGAAACUAUAAUUCAGGAUGUCGGCGUUGACAGCUUUUCCCUCAUAGGCCAAGAGCUUUUUUUGAUACAGCACGUCGACCUCAAUAGAUACUUUUAUGAGAAUUAUGUCAUAACUUCUUUGAAAUUCAUCGCUUGCUGUUUUGGAUGCAUAGUCGCUCUCUGCAUAUUUGUUCUCUCGACAAGGCAUCUGGUAGUAAUCUAUUUGUACCUGAUAUCGAUAGGCGUAAUAUUCGUGUCAUACUGGUCGAAUGUUAGCACGAUCAAAGCCAUAACACUCUUUUUGAGUGCGGAAGGCAGUCCGCCAAGUAUUCUCGACGAUAUACUGAGUCUGAAUUUAAAUCCAUUGAUUAAUUACGGUCCUGGUUUACUCAUCGUCCAGAAUUACAUAUUACAAUGCAUUUUAGCGAGUAUAUUUACUUAUAUUCAUUUGGCACCGCGAUACGCCGUUAUACAAAAGUUACUCAUAUUGAGUUUCUUGGCACCUUCAAUACUUGGAAUUUUUCCACUUCCGACGACGAUACUUCAUCAUGCUCCGGUAUUCGCGACGCUGUUGCCACUAGCAGUGAGCAAAUUUGUAAUUUGGUACAACAGUGUAACCGUGAUGAUGACACUUCACGGGGGUUACAGACACGCGAGAAAUUUCGUAACGAAUUACGGUAUGUCGGCUCUGGCAGAGACUGAGUGGAGCAGAUUGAACGUGCCGAGUGUGUUACGAGCGUUUUGGAUUCUUCGAGUUGCCGAACAGGUUGUACAAAUACUGGAUACUCAUUACGGAGAAGAAACGUUUACGUACUACAUGGUGAUAAGAACGUUGCUGGUAAACGGAUGCGAGACUUUAACAGCGUUGUUGGGAAUGACGAGUAUAAUAUCGUACAUUUGUCAUUACAUCGGUUAUUUUUCGUUGUGGGUAUUGAUGACUGAGGACGGUGAUGAAAAAACCAUUGGAACCGUUUCGGCGGUGUUGUUUUACAUUCUGGCAUUGCAAACCGGGCUGACGAGUCUCGACCGUGAGAAGCGUUUGGUUCGUUUAUACCGAAAUUUUUGUCUUCUAUUCACGGCUCUUCUCCACUUUGUUCACAACAUAGUGAACCCGUUAUUAAUGUCGCUGAGUGCGUCGCACCAUCCGGCUCUCCAUCGUCACGUGCGAGCUCUCGUAGUAUGUGCGGUUCUCAUCAUAUUUCCGGUGUCUCUUCUGGUCUUCCUGUGGUCCCAUUUCACAAUCAGUACUUGGCUACUAGCCGUAUCAGUCUUCAGCGUCGAGGUCAUCGUCAAGGUCUUCGUUUCCCUGGCAAUUUACUCGCUCUUUCUUUUCGACGCGUACAGAAGCGUCUUUUGGGAGCAGCUCGACGAUUGCGUCUACAUGAUACGUUCCUUCGGCAACACCGUAGAAUUUUCUUUCGGCAUAGUUCUAUUUUUCAAUGGUUUCUGGAUAUUGGUCUUCGAGUCCGGCGGAGCGAUACGAGCGAUAAUGAUGUGCAUACACGCCUAUUUCAACAUAUGGUGCGAGGCAACCGCAGGUUGGAGUGUCUUCAUGAAACGGCGUACAGCAGUCAACAAAAUAAAUUCGCUUCCCGAAGCAAAAGUCGAACAACUUCGCGUGCUUGACGACGUUUGCGCGAUUUGUUAUCAAGAAAUGCGAAGCGCCAAAGUAACAAGAUGCAAUCACUACUUCCACGGUGUGUGUCUCCGAAAAUGGCUUUAUAUACAAGACCGUUGUCCUCUCUGUCACGAUAUACUGUACAAGGUCCAGGAUAAUCAAGCCAAUGCGAGCGGAAACGGAGUUCAGAACGCCACCGAACGUUCGACAGAAAAUUUGCCGCAGCUUCACAAUUUCGUCGAGGGAGUCGAGCCCGAGAGAUAAAACGCGAAAUAACGUGGGCCUCUCGGUGGCACACUCUCUCUUUUGAUAGUUCAUAGUUUAAUCGAUCGUUGAUAAAUCAUUGUAACGAGAAGAAAACGUUGAGAGAGGAAAAUUGAAAAAAAAAAAAAAAAAAAAAAAAAAAAUAUUAACAAAAGACAGAAGAACGAAGACACUGUACGAACUCGGAAUUACGAUGCGAAAUUUACUCGAUGGCACUCCACGUCCUUGCGGAUUAAGUUUCUUUCUUUUUUUUCCGCGAUUUUGUGUUCCCUUUAGCGUUAUAAAAAAUUUCCGAGACGAAUUAACGACGAAUUACCGAUAGAACGUGGAUCAUCUGUAGAUUUGGCAGAUGGGACAAUGUGAUAUUUAAUUCUAUAUGUGUACACUGUAAUGACGCUAAUAAAAUUUUCUUCAGAGUCAUUAAUUUAGAAAAACGAA